AUGGGGUUUGUACGGCUGCGCUAUGUGCUCGCAGUGCCUGUCGUGGGGCUCGCUGCGUGCCAUGUCUCCCCUGCUCGACCAACCAUUAUUCCUGUUUCGCGGAGACCGCGGAUUGUGUACUCGCCAAACGAGGAGCGACUGUCUCUGCGGGCACUGCUGCAGACCCAUCUCAUUGAGCCCCUGCUGACUGCACGCCGCUUUGUCUAUCUGCUGCUCCUCUUUGCCCCCGUCCUCCUCGCCAGCCCCAUGCUGCUCGUCGGCCGCCCGGAUCCCCGUCUCGCCGGCGACCGCUGGGGCGCUGUCUGGUGGUACGGCCUCCUUGUCUCCCGUAUGGAGGCUGCCGGCCCUACCUUUAUCAAGCUCUCCCAGUGGGCCGCUUCCCGUGCCGAUCUCUUCCCCGCCCUCCUCUGCCGCUCCCUUGCCGCUCUCCACUCUCAGGCAACUCCCCAUCCUCUCGCACACACAAAGGCAGUCAUCCGCGCCGUCUUCCAGCGUCCCUUUGACGAUGUCUUCGAGUCCUUUGACGACACUCCCAUCGGCACAGGCGCCAUCGCACAGGUCUACCGUGCAACUCUCAAGCAGGAUCUCAUCCCUCCCAGCUAUCUCGGUCCCCGUCGCAAUCCUUCCAGCGCCCUCGCUCCCGUCAUUCUCAAGCAUCCUCUCCCCUCCAUCCCCACCGCCUCUGUCGCUAUCAAGAUCCUACAUCCCCAUGUCGCCAACACCAUCUCCCGCGACCUCAAGAUCAUGCACUUUUUCGCCAGGUGCAUAAACCUCAUUCCUGGCAUGCAGUGGAUUUCUCUCCCCGAAGAGGUACAGGUAUUUGGUUCCAUGAUGAACCAGCAACUCGACCUCAGGCACGAGGCUGACAAUCUUCUCACUUUCGAGUCCAACUUUGCCGCACGCAAGGUCCCUGUCACUUUUCCCCGCCCUCUCAAAAACUUUUCCACCCAGCAUCUCCUCGUAGAGGAAUACAUGAAUGCCCUUCCCCUUGAAACUUUUCUGCGCAACGGCGGCGGUCCUUUCGACGACCAACUCGCCACUUUUGGUCUCGACGCCUUCCUGAACAUGCUCCUUCUCGACAACUUUGUCCACUCUGAUCUCCACCCAGGAAAUAUCAUGAUCAAAUUCAGCAAACCCCCAACCACCCGUAUCCUCCUCGAAAACCUCUACCACAAGUACAUCACCCCUCUCACUUCCCCAGCCUCUGCCAACGAGCCCAUGGUCGCCGCAGACUACUCCGACUCUGACUCUAUCGUCUCCCGUCUCCGCACCCUCAAAAAUGACCCCGAAAAAUGGCGCAGUGCACUAGACGACCUGCACGAAGCAGGCUAUCUCCCCGAGAUCGUCUUCAUCGACGCCGGCCUCGUCACAACCCUCAGCGACACCAACCGCACCAACUUUAUCGACCUCUUCCGCGCCGUGGCAGAGUUUGACGGUUACCGCACAGGCCAACUCAUGGUCGAGCGCUCUCGUUUCCCCGAGCUCGCCAUCGAUACAGAGACCUUUGCCCUCAAAAUGCAGCACCUCGUCCUCAACGUCAAACGCAAGACAUUUUCCCUCGGCCAGAUCAAGAUCUCCGACCUGCUCUCUCAGGUCCUCAGAAACGUGCAGGUCCACCACGUCAAGAUGGAGGGCGACUUUGUGAACACUGUCAUUUCCAUUUUGCUCCUCGAGGGGAUUGGAAGGCAGUUGGAUCCGGGGCUGGACUUGUUUGCCAGUGCCCUCCCAAUUCUCAGGAAGCUCGGUGGUCAGGUCGCCGCAAGAGAAGGCGUCACUAAAGACUUGCCACGCAGCGAUUUUGGCGCCUUGUUAAAGGCAAGUUCAAAGGGUGACAACCAAGUUUGA